AUGGAGAGAACAGCUCGUUGGGCAGAGCAGCGUCAACCAAUUGUGGCAGAUGUCCCGGAGGCAAUUGAAGAUCAACCUCAUGAAAGAGAAAGUUUUCUCACUCGAACUCUGCAAAUUCGUUACAUUUUGGCUCUGAUGGGCUUUUGGUGCUUCUUCGUACUAAGUGCUCUGAGACUGAAUAUUAGUAUUGGAAUAGUGGCCAUGGUGAAUUGGACGGCGAUUAAGAGUGAACUUCCCCAAGAAGUUCGGAAAGAAGAAUGCAAAUAUGAUUAUGGAGCAGUGAGACGACAACAGGAAGAUGGACCUUUCCUAUGGGACCCAGAUAUACAAGGUCACAUUCUUAGCAGUUAUUUCUACGGUCUAGCCGCUACUCAGCUCUUGGGAGGACGCGUGUCCGAACUGGUCAGUGCUAAAUAUGUUCUUUUGAUUGGUACACUACUCGCCGCCGUCGCCAACACCCUCAUCCCUGUUGUCGCCAAUGCAUUUUUGAGUGGAUAUCCAGUCAUGGCUCUUCAAAUCUUCAAAGGAUUCGGCCAGGGUAUCAUGAUGCCUGCCUUUAGUGUUUUAAUGGGCAAGUGGGUUCCACCCACUGAAAGGGCCCGUUUCAUGGCAGUGAUUGCAAGUGGAAUGCCUGUAGGAGGAUUUUUCACUGUUGUCAUUUCCGGAAUACUCUGUCACUCGAAGACAUUCGGAUGGCCUUAUGUCUUUUAUGUCUUUGGUAUUGUGGCUAUUAUAUGGUGUCUACUCUGGAUGGUAUUAAUAUACGAUUCACCGCUGAGUCAUCCAUACAUAUCAAGAAGAGAACUGAAUCGGAUUAUGUCCUUACGGACGCAGAAAGCUCCGAUACUAAAAUAUCCAGUUCCGGUCGCUGCUAUUCUAACAUCCUCAGCUGUGUGGGCCUACAUUAGUGCUGGCUUUGCGUCAUUUUGGGCUCUCUGUCUUUACGUGUCGGUCGUCCCCCUCUUCUUGGGCACCGUCUUGAAGUUCAACAUUGAAACAAAUGGGCUAAUGUCAGCGAUGCCAAAUAUUGCCGAGGCCUUAAUCUUGGUUUCAACCAGUGUGGUAUCUGAUCGAAUGCUGAAAAAGGGGGUUCUAACUGCCACGACCAUACGCAAAAUAUGUAUUUGUACAGGUCUGUUUGGUUUCGCGUUCUGCAUGACUAUGGUAACCUUCACAGGUUGUCAUCGAGUGGCCACCGUGCUGUUAUUGGUCAUGGCUUUAGGGCUGAGUGGAUUUAGUUUCUCUUCUACUGCUGUGGUACCUGUCGAUAUGGCGCCUAGAUUUGCAGGUACGAUAUCUGGAAUCAUGAAUACGUUUGGAGCUUUGUCAGGAGUAAUAAUUCCUAUGGCUGUCGGAUAUCUCACAAGAAAUGCGCAAACCAUGAACGAGUGGUCGAUAAUAUUCUAUUUCUCAUCUUCCAUCUGUGUGGCAGCUGGUAUCAUAUUCAUUUGUUUCGGGUCAAGUGAAAAGCAGCCCUGGAAUAAUCCAGCUCCAGAGAAAGAAUCUUCUGCGGAGUUAGAUUCUUCUAUUCCAACCGGGACAAGUGAGUAUUUAGCCGAGGAAUCAUCUCCUCCUCCAUCAAGUUCUCCGAAAUAUUAA